AUGAAAGUCUUCCUUGCUUUCUGUGUUGUCCUUUUGGUGUUCGGAAGUGUCUCUGAAGCUAAGUUUGAUGAUUUUGAGGAUGAGGAAGACAUAGUAGAAUAUGAUGAUAAUGAUUUUGCUGAAUUUGAAGAUGUCACAGAAGAUUCUGUUACUGAAUCUCCUCAACGGGUGGUUACCGCUGAAGAUGAUGAAGAUGAGACCACUGUAGAGUUAGAAGGGCAGGAUGAAAACCAAGAAGGAGAUUUUGAAGAUACCGAUACCCAGGAGGGAGAUACCGAGGGUGAGCCAUAUGAUGAUGAAGAAUUUGAAGGUUAUGAAGACAAACCAGAUACUUCUUCUGGCAAAAAUAAAGACCCAAUAACAAUUGUUGAUGUUCCUGCACACCUCCAAAACAGUUGGGAGAGUUAUUAUCUAGAAAUUUUGAUGGUGACUGGUCUGCUCGCCUACAUCAUGAACUAUAUCAUCGGGAAGAAUAAAAACAGCCGCCUUGCUCAGGCCUGGUUUAACUCUCAUAGAGAGCUUUUGGAGAGUAACUUUACCUUAGUAGGGGAUGAUGGGACAAACAAAGAAGCCACAAGUACCGGAAAGCUGAACCAGGAGAAUGAGCAUAUCUACAACCUGUGGUGUUCUGGUCGAGUGUGCUGUGAGGGGAUGCUUAUCCAGCUCAGGUUCCUCAAGAGACAGGACUUACUGAAUGUCCUGGCCCGUAUGAUGAGGCCAGCAAGUGAUCAAGUGCAAAUAAAAGUAACCAUGAAUGAUGAAGACAUGGAUACCUAUGUGUUUGCUAUUGGUACUCGGAAAGCCCUGGUACGACUGCAGAAAGAAAUGCAGGAUCUGAGUGAGUUUUGUAGUGACAAACCUAAGUCUGGAGCAAAGUAUGGACUGCCAGACUCCUUGGCCAUCCUGUCAGAGAUGGGAGAAGUCACAGAGGGAAUGAUGGAUACCAAGAUGGUCCACUUUCUUACACACUACGCUGACAAGAUUGAAUCUGUUCAUUUUUCAGACCAGUUCUCGGGUCCAAAAAUUAUGCAAGAGGAAGGUCAGCCUCUGAAGCUACCUGAAACUAAGAGGACUCUACUGUUUACAUUUAAUGUGCCUGGUUUAGGUAACACUUACCCAAAGGAUAUGGAAGCUUUGCUAUCCCUGAUGAACAUGGUGAUUUACUCUAUUGACAAAGCCAAAAAGUUCCGACUCAACAGAGAAGGCAAACAAAAAGCAGAUAAGAACCGAGCUAGAGUGGAAGAGAAAUUUUUGAAGCUGACACAUGUGCAAAGACAGGAAGCUGCUCAGUCUCGGCGUGAGGAGAAGAAAAGAGCAGAGAAGGAGCGGAUCAUGAAUGAGGAAGAUCCUGAGAAACAGCGCAGACUCGAGGAAGCUGCCUUGAGACGUGAGCAAAAGAAACUGGAAAAGAAGCAAAUGAAAAUGAAACAAAUCAAGGUGAAAGCCAUGUAA